AUGUCCUUGCCUUCUACUAACAAUACCAUCACGAUGGUUGUUGAAUAUAGUGCUCAACGUCGUAAAUUUAUUCUUUCUAUCCCGAUUGAUUUUCAAGUAUUAUCAAUACAAAUGAGCGAGGCGUUUUCAUUAGACAAAACCGGUCAAACACAUGUUUUACAAACGUUUGAUGAACAGGUUCAAGACUAUAUUGACAUUGAUGGACAAACAUUUCAACCGGAUAAUUUACGGAAUAAAACUGUUAUUCGAGCAAAAUUAGUUUCCGUACCCUUUACAAAUCAAGAUAGCAAUAGUGAAAUUACUACAUCAACAGCAAUGAUUCAUACUCACGGCAAUAUGUUAUUACCACAUCAUCAAACAAAGUUCAGCACAAAUUCAACUGAUACCACUACUAUUACAAAGUCAUCAGUAAUGGUCUCACCUCAGACGUCAACGAAUAAUUUGAUUAAAAUUGAUAAAUCACAAAUUGUUGGAUUAAUGACAUUAGAAGGAUUGGAAAAAUCGUUAGAAUUAUGGAUACAACAAGCAAAAGAUUAUCAAUAUCAAAUGAGUCAAAAUUUAGUGCAAGUAAAAUCGACAAUAGCUGCUGUAAAACAACAUUAUCAAAUAACUGAUGAUCAACACAUCCAGAGUCAAGAUUUAUAUCCAUCACCUGUCUCUUCUCCACCUAAACAACAACACUCGCAAACAUCUCGUUCAAUUACAACAUCAGCUCAAUAUCAAAAUGGCACAGAUCAUCAUCGACAACAGCAGCCCACUAUUCUCGGUUUUUCUCAUUCAUCAAACGGUACAAAUAGUCAUCGUCAUUCAAGUUCGUCAUCACUUUCGUCUGGUGAUAUUAUUGGACCUGAACCUAUUGUUUAUGAAAACAAAAAACAACCAUUGGUACCAGUUGCAUACAAUAUUCGAUCGGCACAACAAAAGUCAACGAUCAAUGAAAAUGAAUAUUGUGUUAGUUAUCAAUCAACAGUACCUCUAAAUAAAUUUAAUAAUAAUCAUAAUCAUUCAAAACCAAAUACAACCAUAGAUAGUGGAAAUGGAUAUCAACGUCAACAACCAUCACAGUCUCAAACAUACAAACAAAAUUCAAUUGAUAUAACGUCUGCUGUCGUCCCAUAUCAACGUUUUGAACGUGGCAUUGAAUUUGAAGGACAUGUUAUCAAACUAUAUAAUCCAUCGUACUUUUUUUUACGUAUUACAAAUCAGACAGCAACAUAUGACGAAAUGGAUAAAGAUUUGAAUCUUCAUUACAAUAGUGUUGAUUGUCAUAAUACAUAUAAUCCAAAAAGAGGUGAUUUUUGUGCAGCAUUAUCAGAUAUGGAUGGGAAAUGGUAUCGAGCAAGAAUUAUUCGUUUAAAACGUACUGAAAAUUUUGAUUUAUAUGAAGUUAUUUAUAUCGAUAGUGGUGAAAUGUCAUCAUUACAAUUGUCACAAAUUCGUCCAUUAGGAUCGAAAUUUGCCCAAUUACCUGUUCAAGCUCUCGCCUGUACAUUAGGAAAUGUUAUUCCAGCGUCUAGUCAACAACAACAGUUAGGCUGGAAUCGUCGUUCGUGUAUGGCAUUCGAAAAUUGUACCAAUAAAUCGAAAAAAUUAAAAAUAUCCGUUUUGGAUUCAACUGAUAUAAAAUGGCCAAUGAUGUUUAUUCACAUCGCCACACCAAAUCAUCCGAAUGUUGCUGAAUACAUGUCAUCGUUAUUUUUAACAAAAUCAUCGACAAAUAUAGACAUAUCCAAUUAUUGGUGUAAAAAAAUUCGUCCUGAACAAUAUAUUUUGUUUAAUAUGUCGUCGCUAAUUAAUCAAAAACUUCAUUUUCAUACAUCAAUACAAAUUAAUCGUACAAAUGAUGAAAUUAUUGAUUUAAUCAUAAAAGAUUUAGAAUGGUUACAACGAGAGUAA